UAAUAAUAAUAAUAAUAAUUAAUUAAUUCAAAUUCUAUCCCAACAUCGCAUUAUGUAUAGAAAAGUGGAGAACAGGGCCGUAAUGAUUUUUGGCUUGUUGGUCUUUUUGGCAGCCGAGCCGAUGGUCGGAGCCAUCAGCUGCCCUGACGCCAUAACGAAGCUGAUGCCGUGUCAGCCGUUUCUGCUGGAUAUAGGCAGCAGCGUGAGUGUCCCGUGCUGCGAGGGAGCCCAAUCGUUGAGCCAGCUGGUCGGCUCCAAGCCCGAGGAGCUGAAAGCCGCGUGCAAGUGCCUGAAACAGGCGGCUGCAGCCAUGGGAGUCGACGUGGCAAGAGCAAAACAGAUUCCCGAUCUAUGCAGGGUCGCUGUCCCAGUGCCCAUCGAUCCUAACGUCAAUUGUGACAGGAUGUCAUACCAGAUCGUUUCAACCCGAGAAGUUGACCAACUGAACCGGAUAAACCACCAGGUAGAUCGGAGGCUGAAGGCUAAAAGAGUCGAAGGUGGCAUCGUAGGCAAUGCAGAGCACCAACAGGUUGAGCUAGGGAUCUUAGAAUGUCUGCUAGAAACUCGACUUGAAUAUUUUAAGUUCAGCGGAUCGACUUUGCAGACAGAGCGCGAGCUCAAUGAAGAAGGCGUCCUACCUCAAGUUUUCCGCAAGCUCAAUGUUCUCACUCGCGGCCAAACCAGAAAAAGUCGCCCGCAUAUUAAAUUCUUGAGCGUCGAUAUAGAUUUCUCUAGGCGCACACCAGCUCAUAAACGGAUUUCAGUUGCUGGCGUUGACAAACUGGCCAAGGGCAUAAGUUUUUCUUCGGUCCUGUUCAGUUCUGUGGAUGUUUUUCGUCGGAAUCGUUUUGCUUCAAAAAGUCAUGGCUCAUCUUUGCAAUCAUGGGUUUCAAGGAGGAGGCGGGCUAAAGUUCACGCAACAAUAUUGCAAGAGGAUGAAGAGCAAAUGGUUGUAGAGAAGUCAUUUGAUCCUAAAAGUUUCCCGGAAAAGGAAAAGGAAGGAACCUCUGGUGCGUAUGAUGGGUCGCCAACUUCCAGUGGUUUGGAGAAAUGGAUUAUAAAAUUUGAGCAAUCUGUAAACAUUUUUCUCACGGAGUCAGUGAUAAAGAUCCUCGAUGGUUUGUACCAUGACCGUCAUUAUGCAAGGUUUUAUGUUCUGGAAACUAUUGCAAGGGUUCCUUAUUUUGCCUUUAUGUCUGUACUUCACAUGUACGAGAGUUUUGGGUGGUGGAGAAGGGCUGACUAUCUGAAAGUCCAUUUUGCUGAGAGUUGGAAUGAGAUGCAUCAUUUGCUUAUCAUGGAAGCAUAUAAAUUAAAGGAUCUUAUCCUGGAAUUAGGGGGAAAUUCCUGGUGGGUUGAUCGGUUUCUUGCCCAGCACAUUGCUAUAUUUUACUACUUCAUGACUGCUUUCAUGUAUGCUUUGAGCCCAAGAAUGGCAUAUCACUUCUCUGAAUGUGUUGAAAGUCAUGCAUUUGAGACUUAUGAUAAGUUUAUCAAGACUCAAAAAGAUGAGCUAAAGAAAUUGCCGGCACCUGCAGUUGCAGUGAAAUAUUACACAGAAGGUGACCUGUACUUGUUUGAUGAAUUUCAGACUUCAAGACCUCCCAAUUCUAGAAGGCCGAAAAUUGAUGACGAGGCAGAACAUUGCAAGACGAUGAAAGCGUGUCAAACUCACGGCAACCUUCGUUCGCCCCACUCGUUUUCAGAUGAUAAUGGGGAAUAUGACGAUAAUGAAGGGUGUGUCGUGCAUCAGACUGAUUGCCAAGGCAUUGUUGAUUGUAUACAGAAAUCCGUAAAAAAUCCACCAGCCAACAAAAAUUGAUGCAUUGAAAACCGAAAAAUCUCUUUAAUCUUAAUAUACCAUUCGCCGAUAGGAUACGUAUAUACACACACAUACUUAGAAAGAUAUACACCCAAAGGCAAUACUAUGGGUACACUUUUAUAUUUUCCCUUUGCCCCAGCACUGGUUUAGUUUGCUUAUACUGCCCUCAAUUUUCAUUUCAUCA